AUGGGAUAAUGGUAAAAAUAUUAAGAAUUUUACAAGUUUAAAAAUUUUGCAGCUAUUUCAAUCCUAUAAAAACUUGCUUGUGCCUAAAAUCUUUCAUGUCAUUUUACUUGUUUUCGCAGAUUCAAAAUUCUGGAUGGUUCUCUUCUUUUGAAGUAUUUUAAGAGGAAAGAUUUUUACUUGGAAGGACAGAAGGAAGAAUCUUGUUGCUCGCAGAGACACCUACGAGAGAGAGAGAUGGCGUCGAGCGCGGCGGUGCCGUUCUGGAGGUCGGCGGGCCUGACGUACGUAGGUUACUCGAACAUCUGCGCCAGUCUGGUGAGGAACUGCCUCAAAGAGCCCCACAGGGCUGAAGCCCUCAGUCGCGAGACGGUCCAUUUCUCCAUCUCUAAAUGGACAGACGGCAAGCCCCAGAAACCCACUCUCCGUUCAGAUACAGAACAUGAAUGAGGUAGAUCGUGAUUCCCUUCAACAAAAAAUACAAAAAAAACUCAUCAUUUCAUAUAUAUAUAUAUAUAUAAAUGAAAAAAAAAAAAAAAGCUUUACUUAUUUGUGGUUAUAAUACUAACCAGGGUUUUGAUUGUUAUAAUUUUUUUUUUCAUUGUGCAAAGCUACAUUUAUACAGUUAAAUACUGUGUUAUGUAUAAUUUUUCCUUUAUGUCAUGUUCCAUUUGUGAAA